AUGGCGUCUCUUCGGCGGUUGAGCGCACUGCUUGCCGCGCUCGGGACUUUCAGUCAGAUACCAACAACGUAUGCGGCCGACACAGUUUACAUUUCUGGUACCGGACUGGACGGCGUUACCAGACAACUAGCGGUUGAUCGGGCGCCAGCAUUAUACACGGGAGACUUUGGCGACUGUUUGGGUGGAGAGUCCUUAAUGAAUAUCACCAAGUUCGAUGCCGGCUUUUAUUAUGACAAUUCUACCGUUCUCUUUCAUUUGGAGGGCGCCACAAACCUCCAGAACGAUUCAUUAAUGCUGUACAUAUCAGUGGAAGCAUAUGGCCAAAACAGAUUUAGCAUGACUGUUGACCCCUGCUUCAUGAAUGUUGACAGCCUGUGUCCGUUGAACGCUAGCAUCCCCAUUACGGCAUAUGCUCUCUUCCAUAUCGGAGAGCAACAAGUCUCUGGCAUUCCUCAAAUUGCCUUUGAGAUACCCGAUUUCGAAGGCUUCGCCAGAAUCCAGAUAUUCUCAAACGCGAGCCAAACAGAAAUCGGGUGCUUCCAAGCCGUCAUGAGAAACGGCAACACCUUCUCACAACCAGCAGCAAUUGGCCCGGUGUUGGGUGUCUUCACCAUAGCCGCCAUCGUAGCAUCCUUCGCGACCGCAGCCUAUGGGGUAUCCAUCCCGCACAUGAGGACGCAUUACGCCCACUCGCUGUCUGUCCUCGCCAUAUUCGAGACAUAUCAGUCCAUAUUUUUCUCUGGCGCACUUUCAGUCAACUGGCCCAGUGUGUUACCGGCCUGGUGGUCCAAUUUUGCCUGGUCAGCUGGCUUAAUUCCUGCGUUAAGCAUAGUACAUUCGGUCGACUCUUUCGCCGGUGUCAGCGGCAAUGCCAGUCAAGUAGGCGGCGCUGGCUCGACAAUCAUCAACAACCAAGGGGGUCUACUGCAGCAGAUCUACGGACGAUCGUUGUCUACUGACGUGCCCGACAUAUACGGGCGCUCUGUGGCUACUGAUAUGCCCAACAGUGAAACGAAGGGGGCUCUUGAUUUGGCGAGGAGGAGCGUAAUCUUGGCUAAACGACAACCGUACAAUGCGAAUAAUCCUUACGACUACAACUGGAAUGGCGAUCCAGUGACGCCAGGGAUGCCGAUACCAGGCGACUGGAGCGGCUUUGCAGGAGACCUAUCGGAGCUCGGCAUCCCGGCACCGGAUGCCUUCACCAUCGCACUGAUAUGGCUAUUGAUUGUAUUGGCUCUGGUCGCUUUCCUCGUUGUGUCCUUCAAGUUUGUGCUCGAGGGACUCGUCAAGUUGAAGUGGAUCAAUCAGGACCGACUUCAGUUCUUUCGAUCUCACUGGAGGGGCUACACCUGUAUGGUCCUACUGAGGACACUCUUCAUCGCCUUCUUUUCCAUGAUGGUCUUGGCCAUGUUCCAGAUCUCCCACCAUGGACGAGCUGGCCCCACUGCGUUAGCCGCCAUCAUCUUCGUUUUCUUCAUGCUUGGCGUUGGAGGUCUAGCCAUAUACGCUCUGAACUUCCGACUACGGUUUGGAAAGUUCGCUUCCGAGCCCGAUCGCAUUCUCGUGCAGCGCAAGACGGUCUGGAAAUUCCUCCCGUGGCUGGUCCCAGUUCGACAUAGCCAAUUGAAAGAGAAGGAAUCCGUACAGAAGCCCAUCUUCUCACUGCCUUUCGUCCAUUGGCACUUCAUGGACAAUGACAAGGACCGGACCAAGGUCCAUCAAGAUGAGCCUUACUUAAAGCGCUUCGGCUGGCUCUCAGCCCGCUACCGACUGUCGAGAUGGUGGUAUUUCAUCGUCUGGCUGGGAUACCAGCUGAUUCGUGCUUGCUUUAUUGGUGGUGCCACGAGCAGCCCACUCGCACAGAUAUACGGCCUUUUCGUUGUCGACGUAUUGUCACUCAUCAUAAUAGCAGCCUUUAGACCAUACGAAGGCCAACGCAACACCGCCCUGGCUGUUUGGCUGUUGGGUCUCACCAAGAUCGCGACUACAGGGCUCUCCAUUGCCUUCCUACCUCGCUUCGGCAUUGAUCGGAUCCUCGCUACCGUCAUUGGUGUUGUCAUCAUCGUCAUGCAGGCCCUAUUGACAAUCGCCGUCUUGAUUUUGAUCAUCCUUGGUAGCAUAAGUUCGUGGAUGUCACUGACGCGCAAUCGCGAAUACUUCCCCUCUCAGAGGCUGGAGGGUGUUCGCAUCAAGUAUUUUGAGCAUUUAGAACGUAGGGCUUUGGACAAAGAAGCACCGAAGAAGGAGAAGCCGACAGCAAAACUCAACCCACCCGAACCAGAAGAUAAGCUGCCGGACCUGCCCAAGGAACCCUAUUUCAGUGUCAACUCGGUUCGCCGAAUUUCCAAGAUUGAGGACGAGGACGAUGAUUUCAUCGCAGAGAUGGAACCAGUCAACGCAAGUGGUCCAUCAACGACGCCGCACCCGCUGAACCGAACACGACGCGUUGAUAGUGUCAGUUCGCGGCAUUCAGUCAGCAGCCUGCCCCGCGGUGCGCGCGUACACCGGGUAUCGUGGAGUUCGAGGGACUUCAACUCGUGGCAGACAACAGAGUUGGACCGUCCGGGUACCACGCUCGCAAAGCGUUUGAGCGGUCACGCACCGAGCCUGUCGGAAACUAACAUUACCGGUGUGCUAAAGAACCAGGCGUCAGAAAGCAGUUUUCGGGCUUACGGUACGGUGGUUGCAGGCAGCCGUCCCAUGUCCCCCACCCUUGAGCAAGAAGAAAGGGUCAUCAACAAGGAGAUCUCCUCCUAG